AGACCCGGAAAUGUGGACGAACGAUCCUUCGCAGAAGUUUCUCCUGCACAUCACCUACCUAUAUCGGCGCCCCUGCAGCGAGACAUCCAUCGUUAAUGUAGACGGUUCGGGACCUACGUCGGUAUGCUCACACCAGCUGGUAUUUCCACAUGGGGGCUGUUCUCGGGCUAUCCCUGUCCCAGCCUAGUGGCCCGGAGCAGCGAUUCCAAUACCCGUCUCAGUCUUAGCAACCCCCCAACUUUUCAGCAAUCCACGGCGCUCGACAGCCGUGCCGCUGUGGUCCGGCUCGUUCCGAGAAGAUGUAGUCGCCAAGUUGUGUCCGUAGUCGUGGGGGGUGGCUACCUACAUGGGCAACGCACUCCUCCGGCUCUGCUCGAUGCAGUAAGCCGACAUCCCCUGACUGCGUGCCUGCUCCCGGUCAACCCCCCCUUUUUUGUUCACCGAGUGGGGCGUGCAAACCCCGGUCAACCCUUGAGCCGGGCACGCUGGCGGCUCGCCGACUCUGUCUCUCUCUCAAGGCCAGUCUCAUCCCCCGCGAGGCCAUACCUAUGCAUAGCUCGCUCGCGCCAGCGACGCCCCAAGAAAGAAAAGCAACGUACUGCCAGCCCGUCUCUCCUACGGCGGGGACCCGCCUCCCACCCUCUCAACUGGGCCGCUGCAUACCUAUCCAGCGAGACAGUGCGAGACGGCGAGGCCGCGACGGCACCGGACCGCUGCCGCACGUCAGCCCUAUCUAGUCUCAGUAAGACGGGAAACCGAUCGAGGGAGGUUGGGCCCAGCCCCUCGCAGCCAUCGCCUCGAUGAUCAGGGGGAAACGAUGCCGAAGUAAAAAUAAAAUAAAAAAGCGAGUUCUUAGAGCAGGUAGAACGUAGGUAGCCAGUAUCUGUGUACGACUACGCCAUGAGAAAGCGGGCAGGAUAUACUCAGUUCGAGCGGUUAGUU